AGACCAAGCUCAUUGGCUGGAAUAAGAGACACACGCAUGCACACUGAGAGCACACCACUAAGUGCAGUGAUCACAGGUCUGCCAGAGUAGGUUGACCAACAGGAUAAGUGCAGGACUACAUCGUCACUGAGUCAGCUGGGAAUCCAUCAGUAAGAAAACAUGGCAGACCGGUUGAUCGACUUGGAGGAGAGCGCCACUCACACCGGUCCAAAGGGAGUUAUCAAUGACUGGAGGAGGUUUAAGUUGGAGAGCAUGGACCAGGAAAACCUUCCGCCAGCAAAGAGGGAGCUGCUGAGACAGAUGUCGUCUCCUCACAGACAACGAGAAGACUCUAGGGCAAGUCUUAAUCGCAAGAUGAGUGUGCAAGAGUACGAGCUGCUGAAGGAGGAAGAUGAAGGCUGCCUGAAGAAGUACAGGAAACGCUGCAUGCAGGAGAUGCAUGACAAGCUCAGCUUUGGGCCCAAAUUUGAGGGUGUACAUGACCUGGACAGUGGUGAGGCCUUCCUGGAGGUCAUCGAAAAGGAGCAUCACAGCACAGUGGUCGUAGUCCACAUUUACAAAGCUGGGGUCAAAGGUUGUGAAGAGCUCAACAACUGCCUGGAGUGCCUGGCUGCAGAGUACCCCACUGUCAAAUUCUGCAGGAUUGACGCUGUUGCGUCCGGUGCUUCAGAGCGAUUUUCUGAUGAGGUUUUACCUACACUACUGGUCUACAAGGCUGGAGAACUGCUCGGGAACUUCCUGGCCUGCACUCAGCACCUUACAGGGGAGUUUUUUGCGACAGAUGUGGAAGCAUUCCUCAACAGCUAUGGUCUGCUGCCAGAGAAAGAGAUGCCUGCACUGGACGACGAGGAGGAGAACAAUGUGGAAUGAAAAAAUGUUUUGCAAAUGCUGGGUAUAAAAAAACUGAGGGCAGGUCCACAAAAUAUCACCUCAACAGCAACAAAAGCCAAAGUAAUAAGUACUAAACUCAUUUAUUAAAGUCAUUUGUGUAGCUAGCUAUUGUAUUUGAAUAAAAUUUAGCUAAAGAAGCAGAGUUUUUUUGUGGCAAGUGGGUAGACAUUUAAUAUCUUUGAAAUCAUUUCAAGAAGAGAUCAUUUCAAAAAUAUCAUGGGUCAGUGUUUCCGAUAACUGAUGUGAAACACUGAGCUUAUUUGAAAACAGUUAUUGAAUUAAAUUAAUAACAAUUAUGAAGAGAUGAAAAGCUGGAAAGCGUGCUUGUGUCCUUGAGCCUCAUGUAGGCGCUUAUGCAUAGAUUUUUUGUGUCAAACUCAAAAACUAUCCACUUGGUUUGCUUUAGGCUCUAUCUUUCUUUUCUUUGGUUUCUCUUUUUUCUGUCAGCCCUUGAAGCACCAUAGUAUAAUGUACAGUUGUAAAAAGUGAAUAAAAUUUCUUAAAAUACCAGUUUGUGUGAUAUUGACAAAUAUGUGAAUACCCGCAACCAUUCAAUCUUUUUUGAUCCCCGGCAAUUGUUGACCAUUUCCUCACAGCACAACCUGAGAGGUGAGAGGGCCAAUAAACCCCACACAGGUCCUCUCUUAACAUUGUUGUUGAGAGGCUUACACCAUGCUGACCUUCAAAGAAACAUGUAUCAUGUUAAUACAUUUUAAUUGAAAACUAAGGCAGAAAGGUUUGAUGCUGAGAGGAAGAUCCAUUAAAAUGAAAAAAACAUUGGGUGAUGAAGUGAAUCCUGAGGAGGGGAAUUCAGACUCGCCUACGAGGAAAUGUCAAAAUGAAAAUCGCAUUCUUUCUGUUUCUGCUGAAACAGGUUUAAACAUGUUUGAUUACAUCAGUGAAGGUAUUCGCUUCCCCUUCACCUCUGGGAGUAUCGUACAUGCCCAAACCACAACAUAAAAGAUAACUACGAUCUUAGGAAAAGACGUGCUGUACUUCACCACAAUUUGAUACCGCACUAUAAAUAAAGAUGCUUUAUAGCACCAACAUAGAAGGGAAUGUCACCCCACUUUCAAACCAGGCCAGACACACACAUGAUCUCAUUUAACUCCUGACACCACAGACAAGGAGGCAAGUGAUAAAAUGGAGAGAAAACAUGUGAGACCAGGGUCUGUUGAAUCGUUCUCACAAGACGUACUCACAAGAACACAACGCAUCUAUAGGACCCUCUAUAUUAAACGCACUGUCCCUAUGAAACUGGUUAAUAUUAUUAUUCAAAAUCCUUGUAAGCGUUCCGCUGUACUUCUGGCGUGAUUGGAGGAUUGUGCCCUCCCCUGUUUGGCAGUACCGGUUGCCAGUCAACAAUUUCUGCUGGGUUCCUCGUACUCCUUGUCAGCGAAACCAGAGCACUUCAGCUCUGCAGUGAGUAGGCCUUCUCUGGAAACCAGGGGUUAAUGGAUCACACCAAUGGCCUUUUUCUAACCUCCAUGAAAGAGCCUAAUGGGGUGUGCCACACAUAGAACACACAGAGAGUAUGCUAGGUUAAUCUGUCCCUGCAACAGCUUGGAAGGUUCUCAUAGCUCUUGAACUUCUUUAUACUGAUAUUAUUUUUUCUCCCAGAUUACUGCAGUGAAUAUCUGCUGAAAUGUUUGUCAUUCUUGCAUAUAUCACCUCCGGCAAUUAAUUUUCAUUUAACACUAACUCAUAUUUUUUAGAGAGAAUAUUCAGGCAUCUUACUACACAAAACACCACAAUUGGCAAGAAAUGCAUUGCCUGCAGCUGGAAACAGCUCACUUUCACACAGUUGCGUGUGUUGAAUGUCAGAUCAUCCGGCUAACUCUCACGCAUUACAUAUCUUAAAAAGGAAGAAACAGAGUUGCUUCAGUCGGCUGCACCGGAUGUUGAACAAUGGAAUGACACUAUUGAAAAUAUAUUUAUGAUGGAAAGAUUGACAUUGUGUAAGUUAAAAAUGAAAGAACAAUGGUGUGACAAGAACUGGGAAAAAAUGGGUGAGAUACAAAGAGAAAUGACAAUCUUAAGUUCCUCACAGGUUUCAUGUAUGUGUACUUUGUGUCUUUUUAUUAAUUACUGUUGCUUUUAUUUUAGGGAGGGAAUGUGUUUUUGGAUGUUAUUGUCUUUUGUUUUUUUUCUUCUAU